CAUUCUUCUGUUCUGAAUUUUGUGUGCGACGGGUGGAAAUAGUUGAAAAUUUGUCAAAAUUUUGAUUCUCCUGUUCUUAGUUGCGUUUGGCAAGAAAUUUGUGUACUCCAUCUGAAUUUUGGUUGAAAAUUUUCAUAAUGUCUAAAACAGAACAAGCUCUUUUGUUGGAUCCGCCAACUGAGUUACAUUUCAAAGCACCCUUUCAUGAUGUUACCACUUCAUACCUAAAUUUAACGAAUCCAACGAAUCGCCAGAUUUGUUUUAAAGUAAAAACUACUGCACCUAAAACAUACUGUGUUAGACCGAAUAGUGGCAUCGUGGAACCACUGGGGACAGUCCCAGUUGCUGUAAUGCUACAACCACUUGAUUUAGAAACUGCUGAUCGAAGUAAGCACAAGUUCAUGGUUCAAAGUAUGUUUGCUCCAGAUGGGGACUUUAAUCCAGAUGCUUUGUGGAGGGAUGUACUUCCAGAAGGUCUGAUGAAUUCCAAGCUGAAAUGUGUCUUUGAUAUUCCUCAUGAUUCUUCUUCACAGCAAGUUGUUGCAGAUGUGGUUGAUCCGCCAAAAGUUGAAACAAAAGCUGCUGUAGUACAACAAGAAGUCCCUGCAGCAAAAACUGCAGCUGAUACUUGUGCUGAUAUAAAGAAACAAUUACAAAAGACCAAAAAUUUACAAAAAGAGUUGAAUGAACUACGUCAAGAGAACUCCUCUUUAAAGGAAGAAUGUUUAAGAUUCAGAGUUGCUUAUGAUUCCAGAUCAAAAGGUACAUCUGCACAACCAUCUGAAAUUGAAUCUAGUGUAUCUCCUGCAAAUCAGCAAAUAGGAAUACCUACUUAUUUGAUAGUUUUAUCUGUUGUUAUCUUUCUGAUAGGCAUUUUUCUAGGAAGACUGUUGUGAACUUUAUAAUUUACCCACAUUUGCUUUAUACACUGUGGGUCAAAGAUAAAUACUUAAAACUGAAAUUAAACAUUUGUUUUUUAUGGUUU